GAGAGAGAGAGAGGGCGAAGCAGAAAAGAAAAGGGAAGGGCCAAGAGGGAAGAAAAGGCGAGACUUUGAAAUCUGGGUACGUCCCCUGCUCUCAUCCGCUUUGCCGCCUCUCUCUCUACCCCGCUCUCUUCUGCGCAUUGUGGAGCUGCCUUAAAUGGCGAGGAGGAGAUGGUAUUGACGAAGUACAAGAAAGUGCGAGAAACUUCUACAUCUGUCUGUUUCUUUCCAGGGUUCCAGUGAUGAAUGCUUGAUGGUGGCUGAGACUGAGAUCCAGCUCGAUCCACUACGAAUAAUGCAGUUAAUGGCGCUCCUCCUGUGCUCCACGUUCUUGGCUAAUCGUUGGUAGAAAUGCUUGUUAGAGUUCUUAUAUGUGUUCUUCCGUUGCACAUUCUGUGUAGGAGGCAUUUUCCCUUCCGUUACCCUUCUUGAUUUCCUAAAAGGUCCACAUUUGGUUCGGAAAAAGAAGGUUCGAUUUCCACUUGUGUUUGUAGGACUAACAUCGUUUUACUAUAAACGAGUUGCGAGAAGAUUGGAUGUGAAAUGGAGCAGUAUGAGGUAUUAGAGCAGAUAGGUAAAGGCGCUUUUGGGUCGGCUCUACUGGUGAAGCAUAAGGUCGAGAAUAAGAGGUAUGUCUUGAAAAAGAUACGCUUGGCACGUCAAACUAACAGGUCCCGUCGGUCUGCGCACUUGGAAAUGGAGCUAAUUUCAAAAGUAAGAAACCCAUUUAUUGUGGAGUACAAAGAUUCCUGGGUUGAAAAGGGUUGUUAUGUGAGCAUUGUUAUAGGUUAUUGCGAGGGAGGUGAUAUGGCUGAAGCCAUUAAGAAGGCCAGUGGACACCUUUUUCCUGAGGAGAAGCUAUCUAAGUGGCUUGUGCAGCUUCUUAUGGCUCUUGAUUACUUGCACAACCAUCAUAUACUACACCGUGAUGUAAAGUGUUCAAAUAUAUUCCUUACCAGAGAUCAAAACAUACGUCUAGGUGAUUUUGGGCUUGCUAAAAUUUUAUCUUCAGAUGAUUUGGCUUGUUCUGUUGUAGGAACUCCUAGUUAUAUGUGCCCAGAACUUCUAGCUGAUAUUCCUUAUGGUUGCAAGUCUGAUAUUUGGUCUCUAGGUUGUUGUAUCUAUGAGAUGACUGCUCUCAAGCCUGCAUUCAAAGCUUUUGAUAUGCAGGCUUUGAUAAACAAAAUCAGCAAGUCCAUAGUGGCUCCUCUACCGAGUUCAUACUCUGGCGCAUUUAGGGGACUUAUUAGAAGCAUGCUCAGAAAAAAUCCUGAAUACAGGCCAAGUGCUGCAGAACUGCUCAAACAUCCACAUCUCCAACCUUAUGUACUUCAAGUCAAUCUAAAGUGUAGUCCUUCAAGGAAUAUGCUUCAUAUUAACCGAGCUCCAUAUAAUCCUGCAAGGAAAAUCCGAUUUCAAGAUGAUGAGGAUGAUUCUGUGUGCAAGGAUAAGGAAAAAAGAAAAUCUUUAGGCAAUGAAAGGAUCUUGAAACUCAACAAGCCUGCGAAGCAGGAUACUAUAAAUUUAACUCAGACUAUUAAAGAUUUCCCAAAUUUUAGGAGCCAGAAGAUAAAGGAUCUUUCAGUUGGCAGCAGCCAAGUCGUGGAGAUGGGUAGUGACAAAACAAUCAGUGAACAAUCAAGUACUUUGAAGAUGGUUCCUAGGACACAAGUGGAACCCUCAAAAUCAUUGCAUACAAAACCCAGACGUGAAUCGCUUGGAUCACAAACUCCUGCUGAUAGAAUCAGCCAAGCUUCUCGAAGAGCAUCUCUUCCUUUGUCUACAUUCGAAACUCGUUCUAAAUCAACUUAUAGCGUUCUCCACCGAGCUGAUUCCCCUGACGUCUCAGUCAACUCCCCUCGAAUAGACAGAAUUGCAGAAUUUCCAUUAGCUUCAUCCGAAGAUCCCUUGCUACCAAUUCCCAAAUUAUCAGCUCAUGGCUCCUCAGCCACUCCACAUUACGGAGAACGUUCUAUCACAAAGGACAAAUGCACUGUCCAAACUUACCGAACUGAAGGUGACAAAGGAAGUGAUUCUUCUGAUCAAAAUCCAACAGUAGCAACAGACGCUUCUAGUAGGGGAUCAUCAGAAUCAAGGCAGCGGAGGUUCGACCCUUCAUCAUAUCAGCAGAGGGCGGAAGCACUAGAGGGAUUGCUUGAAUUCAGUGCUCAGCUGUUGCAACAGGAGAGAUACGAAGAGUUGGGUGUCUUGCUGAAGCCAUUCGGGCCUGGGAAGGUCUCUCCGAGGGAAACGGCAAUAUGGCUAACCAAGAGCUUCAAAGGACCGGCAUUAUAACAUAGAAACCCAACUUAAGGUUCUCGUUUAACUGAAGUUUUGACGCUAGGUCUCAGGAGAUUUUGUUCCAGUUCCUUAAUAUGAAAUAGCUUGAUAGGCUGAUAAGUAGAUGAUGUUUGUUAAACCUCCAUGUACUAACAAUUUGAAUACUACUUGAAGCUGUUUUAGUAGUUCCCUUUCCUGUCUAUA